CCUUGGUCACUGUUGAUAGCACACCACCGUCUCACCAUUCUGCACUCUGUUUUAGCUUCCUUAGCCACCUGAACCAAUGCUCACGAGGAGAAAAUUCCUCAACUUGUUCUCAACCCUCAACUUUUCUCAACUCGUUCCUCACCCGCAACACCAUUUUCCCAAACCUCCCAAACCGUUUAGGGUUUUACUCUUCUAUGGAACCCAAGCAUCCAAAUUUCCGGAAUACGAGAUGCCAUCGGUGACGUGGGGCGUGAUUCGGGGUCGCAAGGAGAUGCUCGUAUCACGGGUAAUCAUCUUCGACUACCUCAAGGUUUUGGGAAUCAUCCCCGAUGAGCUGCACGACCUUGAGCUUCCUUCAACGGUUGAGGUCAUGCGCGAGCGCGUCGAGUUUCUUCAAAAAUUGGGUGUAACUGUUGAUGACAUGAACAAUUACCCUUUAAUGUUGGGGUGCAGUGUGAGGAAAAACAUGAUCCCUGUGUUGGGGUACUUGGAAAAAAUUGGGAUUUCAAGGUCCAAACUUGGGGAGUUCGUUAGGAAUUACCCACAAGUGUUGCAUGCUAGUGUUAUUGUUGAGCUUGCUCCUGUUGUCAAGUGCCUCAGGGGGCUUGAUGUGGAGAGGGAGGAUAUUGGGUAUGUGUUGCAAAAGUACCCUGAACUUCUAGGGUUCAAGCUUGAGGGUACUAUGAGCACUUCUGUGGCUUAUCUUGUUAGUAUUGGUGUUAAUCCUAGGGAUAUCGGUCCAAUGGUAACUCAGUAUCCUUAUUUUUUGGGGAUGAGAGUUGGUACUAUGAUAAUGCCUAUGAUUGAUUACUUGAUCAAUUUGGGGCUGCCAAAGAAGGUUUUGGCAAGGAUGUUGGAGAAGAGAGCUUAUAUACUUGGAUAUGAUCUUGAAGAGACUGUGAAACCAAAUGUGAAUUGUUUGCUCAGUUUUGGUGUGAGGAGGGAGAGUUUGCCUUCUGUUAUUGCUCAAUAUCCGCAGAUUCUUGGGUUGCCUCUUAAGGCAAAAUUGUCCUCGCAGCAAUACUUUUUCAGUUUGAAGCUUAAGAUUGAGCCUGAAGGGUUUGCACGAGUGGUGGAGAAGAUGCCGCAGGUGGUUAGCCUUCACCAACAUGUGAUUAUGAAGCCUGUUGAGUUCCUCGUUGGGAGGACGAUACCGGCGCAUGAUGUGGCUAGUAUGGUGAUCAAGUGUCCUCAGUUGGUGGCACUGAGAGUUGAGCUCAUGAAGAACAGUUAUUACUUCUUCAAGAGUGAGAUGGGGAGACCCUUGAAAGAGCUUGUGGAUUUUCCGGAAUACUUUACUUAUAGUUUGGAAUCCAGGAUCAAACCCAGAUACCAGAGGCUAAAGACCAAGGGGAUAAGGUGUUCAUUGAAUUGGAUGCUGAAUUGUAGUGACCAGAGGUUUGAAGAGAGGUUGCAGGGUAAUUACAUUGAAACUGAAAGUUUAGGUCCAACAUUCUGUAUGGGUGGGAAAUUAGAGCUACCGGGGAAUGCCAUAGUGUCAGAUGAGGAAGAGGAGAGUGAUGAUGAAGUACUAUACAGAAGAACUGUUUCUCUUUAAAGUUUUUUUCCCCACCCCCACCCACUCACCGACCAAAUUUUGUAUUGUAUUUGAUUUGAGCCGCCAAUAGUUGAGAUGUGAAGUUUUUAAUUCAUUCGUUACGAACAACUAUGGUGGGAGGCGGAGUAAAGUCUGAAAACCACGAUAAUAUGCAGUACAUUUUUGGUUAUUUUGCUCGAAACUUGUUUGUAAAUUAUGUGUUUUGAAUUCGGAAUGUUUGAAGUUUCCUUCAUUAUUUAGUGAUAGUGCCAUAAAGACAAAUUUUAAGUCUCUUUUUGGGUUUAAACCAGUUGCAACAGUCGAUUAAGGCACUCUGCAACUUGUAAAUCAAUCCAAAUACGGAUUUGUUGAGGAAAUUCAUACGGUAUUAGCACCUUGAUGAGUGUUUGGAUUUGUGAGCCUUGGGUAUUAUUAACUCAUUAACCUUUUUUCUUUUUUGAACAAGCAGGGGCUUCCUUUACCGGUCCACGGCUUCCUUUUCCUUUGGGCCUUCAUCAGUAGGCCAUCAAGAAUCACAAAGAUCAAGGGAAUCAAAUAUAGGCAUUGCUCACGACCAAAACAUAUAUAUAGGCAUUGCUUACGACCAAUAUAUACAGGCAUUGCUUUUGAAAAUGAUUUCUACAAUUUAAUCUCUAAAAGUGAAUAAUACCUUCAAAAUUUUAUUUCCUAAAGAUACAAAAAAUGUGGUGGGAUUAACAAAAUAAAGUAGUUCAAAAAGGAAAAACCCCAAAUAUUUCACCUCUGGGCCCAAGAAGCCAAUGGCCAGAAUAUGUACAACUAAUACAAACAAAAUUCUUAGUAUUGCCAAAAAAAAUCCUAUAACACCUUGUCUUACAAGAUUUUUAAUUGAAAUUCAUUUUAUAUAGUAAUUCAAUCAUAAAUUAUUAUAUAACUAAAAAAUAUUGACUUUUAUAAUAACUUUAAAAAUCAUUACUAAAAUAAUUUAUAAUUAAUUAACAAUGUAAAAAUUUGCACUAAUUGUUGCUAAAACAUUGUUAGCAAAACCAUUUGACAUCACAUUCUUUUGACCUUUUAGCCAGGUGAUAGCGGUACAGAUAUAUUACCCUCUUAAGUAAUUAAGAUGACAUGACUAUCGUACUUCAUCUUCGGUGAUAAUCUCUCAAACACGAGGUGGAAGGUAUGACUGGUACGGCUAUUACCCUCGUAAGUUUUAACAAGAGAAAAAAAAAUGAAAAGGCAGCACUUCGUGCUUCACUCAAGCAUGAACUUGUAAUU